AUGGUGUCAUCACUUGUUUCAUCGAUUUCCAAGAAAAUAAUCAAACCCUCUAUUUUGGUUCCUCCUCCUCUAAAAUCUCACAAACUUUCCUUUGUUGAUCAAGUUAUUCCUAUCAUGACUGUUUCUUUGGCAUUUUUCUAUCCAAAAAUUGGCAAUGAUCACAAAUCAUAUGAACCUACACAUGUAUCUCAAAUUCUUGAGAAAUCACUUUCUAAAACACUAUCAUUCUAUUAUCCCUAUGCUGGAAGGUUGAAGGAUAAUGGUUGCUCUGUUGAUUGUAAUGACAUGGGAGUUGAGUUAUCACACGUUCGUGUACAUUGUCCCAUGUCUCAAAUAUUUAGACAACCUUACACUCAGGCUGAACAUGUUGUCUUUCCUGUAUACGCCAACAAUGAAGGAAGUUUAGCUCUAACUCAGGUAAGCCAUUUUGAUUGUGGAGGAAUAGCUAUUGGUGGACUCUUAUCACACAAGAUCGGAGAUGGUUGCACCGCCAAUAAUUUCUUCUACAAUUGGGGAGUUUUGAGCCGUGAUAUAAAUGCAACACCACCAUCUAAUACUCACUUUUCAGGAGAGCAAGAAGGACAUAUAGGAAAAAGGUUCCUGUUCCCAGCUGAUAAAGUAAAUGCACUCAAGGCCAAAUUAGCUGUUGAUUCAGGAGUUCAGAAUCCUACUCGUUGUGAAGUUUUGAGCGCGCUUAUUUACAAAUGCGCUGUAGCUACAGGAAGAGUACUGAAUUCUGGUUCAUUUAAACCAUCUUCAUUGCCCAUUAGAGUGAGCAAGGGAAAUGGACCUUUCAACAGGUGGUUUUAUUUAUUGGAUAACCAAAGUGGAGGUGGAGUUGAGGCCAUAGUCACGUUAGACGAACAAAACAUGGCUAUAUUUGAAAGAGAUCCAGAGCUUCUCGAGUUUGCUAUUCCAAUGAUUCAAUCCAGUCGCAAGCAUCCCUUGAUUGAAUCCUUAGUUAGAGAGGGGCUAAGCUAA